ACCAAUUCCCAGAGGCGAUGAAGUCACGUGACCAGAGACUCAGUACGUGGCCGCGGCUCACGGUGGAGGGAUGUCAUCUCCUCCACUACGGUGAGCAGCGUUUUGACUUCACUGGAUUGAAUUUCAUUUCACUGAAUUUUACUUGGACAGUGUACUUGGACAGCUAAACACGACUAGUGUUCGUUUCGUGACGCACAAUAUAUAAAGUUUAUAAAUAUUAAUAAUAAUAAAUUCAUUUAUACGGUUUUCUUUUUGAAUUGUCUUCGCAAUGGUUGUGAUAACAGAGUUUCCUACAGAAUUGAUAGAUAUCAUUCUGUGCACUAACGUUAUCAGCAUUCAAGACGUUAUAAAUUUUUCUUCCACCUGCACGCGGUUUUAUGAAAUCGUCGAAAACAAGAGCAACAUAUUUUGGAAACUAAAAUUACAUCAAAGGUAUUUUUUGUUUUCUUUUAUCUUGUAAUUAGACUUAUUUCAAAAUUUGUUCAAUUUAGUUAAAGGCAAGCUGGAGUGGCUAGUGAACUCCUUCGUGUAUUACCGACGGAAUGAAUGAGUUUUUUAAAUAAAUCUUUUCAUUGCGUAGAAUGAAAAAUCCUUUUGCACGGUAUUAAGGACCUAAUCUUGUGCUCUGUUUUACUCUUGGUCACGAUUGUGACAUUCACAAAAAAGUUUUAUAAGCACUAAUCUUUUUUACUACGCUUUUAAAUUCAUUUCUAAAAGCAUCCUCAUGUUCCUUCAUUCUGUUCCGAGUUGGGAGCCACCCUAUUUUGUAUGUACCUAUACUUUAAUCGUGGAAAAGGAUUUUUCAUUCUAUGCAAUCAAUAAAAGGAUUAGUGUUCACAAAUUUUGGGAUGAAUGAGUAUGUCGUAUUUAUACUGCUGUGUUCUACUUUUGAGCAAAGUCCACGCUAUUGAAACAAUUAACUGAAUUUCUUCGCAAGUCUAUCACGUGGCGUAGUAAAUAAUAACGGAGAGCUUUCGUCUGGGUGGGCAGAUAGAUAUUCUAGUACAUUUCACGUGACAUAAACUAUAGAUUUUCAGUACUGGCAGGUACUGAAAGGUUCAGUACUGGUGAAUAGCGGAACGCAGCCCUGAUAUUCAUUGCAAUAGAGAACACGCUCGGUCUAUUCUUACUAUGGUCUAUGGACAAUAUCAUACAACCUAACCUUAACUUAAAUUGUAUAUGUUGGAAAAAGACAACAAUGCCUACUAUUCGCUCUCUCUUUCUAAGCGUGACGCGAGAACAAUAGCGGCGGUGCGCAUUCCAGUUAGGUCAAUGCAAGGUCCGUAGAUGAGCAGACGACGCACGUUAGGGAAGGUCUUCGCACGGUCGCCAUUUUGGGUCGACGGAGUGAGACAGAUAUAUUUUGUUUCUCACUUUAAUUGACUGUAAUGUAGUGUGCACUACAGUUAGUGCAAACAGAUAUUAAAUCGUCAUCCUGAACGCACCCUAUACAUAAUUGCAAUACAACUAUGUGAUAAUACUAUGCGAUAAAUUAUAAUAACUUUUAUAAAUAAUUCAUUAUGUUCAUCUUAUUUUCCAAACACUGUUAUUUUAUUAUUUUUCCAUCUUAUUUCACUCAUAUUAACUUUCAUGAACAAUUCUUAUCUACUGUUAACCUCUUCUUAAACUGAUAGCUCCGGCAAAGAAACAGCUGCAAGGUAGUGGCCGCCAUUCAUCUACGGACCUUGGGUCAAUGCAGUGACUGCGUUCCAAAAUUCACUGCCAUUACUGAAAAUCUAUGGUGUACGUGACAUAAACUAUAGAGUUUCAAUUAUAAAAUAUAGAAUUUACUUAUGAGUAAAUUCUAUAUGAUACUAUUUUCUCGUUAUGACACAGUACAAGGCGUCAUAAAUACAAUGAUCAUAAGUAAGGGGACCUUAUUGGAAUGAAGUUUGUGCAAAAGAGAUACGCGAACAAUAUAUAGAUUUUAAAGAAUUAGUACAAACAGGUGUAAAAUAUAGGAAACAAGUACGGCAUUUUUUGGCACAGAUGAGCAGGAAGUACCGUUAUGACCACACGGAAAAAUCGACUUCAAUAUGUAAUCAAUUAGAAGUCGAUGAAACAGAUCUCUAUUUAUUGAUUCAUCCAAAUGAGAUGAAUCAUCCUUUCAAAUAUUAUUUUCUUAAAGAUGAGUUAAUGAAUUUACUUGAACGUGGACAUAAAGAGGACUGGACAGAUAUUUAUUACAGUAAAAAGUAUCUUCGACAUCUAAAGCAUUGUCAUGCAAGAAGCAUAUGGGCAAAAUUUAUAAAUCGCCCUCUUAACCAGAAGUUUUUAUUGGAAGAAGGGGCAACCUUUAUCGCACAUUGGUGUGGACCGGAUGUCUCUUACACACAUAUAGAAACACAACUGGAUAAUAUAACACAACUAGUAAUGGAUCACCUUGAAAUUCACUGUCCUACGCAUCCUAUAUUCUCGGUAUCCCAGGAAGAAUUUUCGUUGUGGAAACACAAUAAUAUUUAUAGUGAUCAAUGGAACUACAAUGAUGGAAUAGAAAUUCUAAAUAUUCUGCGCAAGAUAUUCUUCACCAUAUUAAAUUUCCACGUUCUGAAUAUAAAUGAUCCCCGUUUGUUUCCAGAAAAUAUUCUUAUAAAUUACGUUUUAGAAAGAAGAGUUGGUAUUAGUGCAUCGUUUGCAAUCAUAUUCCACAGUGUUGCAAGAAGACUGGGUUUAUAUUGUGCACCAAUCUUUAUUCUGUGUGAUAAUUCUAAGAAGAAUUGUAUGUUACGUUGGAAGCCAAAAUAUGAUCCGAAUAUCCAAGAAACCUGGUUCAUCAUCGAUAUUCUGCAUAAUAGGGUCCUUAAGAGACCCUCCAUGAGAUUCCAUGUCGCGAAAAUAAAUUCCACAGAGCUAUUAUUAGCAUUAAUGAAAUAUCUAAAGACAACCUGCAAGAAUCCUAAUGGAGAUAAACUCAUAGAAUUUAAGAAAAGUGAAUGUAUGGAGCUGCACUUUUUGGUGCAACCAGAGCAUUUGGGAAAUUUCUGCUCAUUACAACAACACCAUGAGCGCAUGAAUAUGAGUCUAGCAACUGUUGUAACUACAUUGCAAACGAUCACUGAUACCGUUGGAUAUAAUAGGAAUAUGAGAUACUUUGAAGCGCUAUUAGAGAAGUUACAAAACAGCGAGAAAAAAUAUCAGGUAAAUACUCAUAUUGAACCAAAAAAGAGGAUUGCAGGAAUGAGAUUCGCGAUUGGAAUGGUCGUAAUAAUGGAUCACUCAAGAGCUCAGGCAACCGGAUUGUGUAAAAUAGGAGUGAUAAUUGGAUAGGAUCAAUGUAAUCAAAACGUGAUCAAAAGAUACUCAAAAAAAAGAAAGAUGGAUGAGGGAAUUAUUAACAAGGAUCCAUUUGUGCAGUAUCACAUACUUCUUAACAAUGGGGAAAUAUGUAAUAGCUUGGAAAGUAUGAAUACAGAUUGUAUUAUAUAAAUUAUAUUAUUCUGAAGUAUAUAUAUCUACUGCAUAUAAUAACGUGUGCGUGUAUUUGUAUGUAACAAAAUAAUUUUAUUAAAAUAUUGUUUUAUUUUAGAUCGUUUAACAAAGGUAACGAGAAAGACACCAGACCUUAUCCACAGCAGUGAAAUUGGCAGAUUUUUUAGUAAAUUCGAAGAUACUUAUUAUGUUCCAAACAAAGCACUAGUAGAUAAAUAUUCAGAUGAUAUGUUAUAUUUAUCUUCAAAUAAAUUAUAAUAAUAAAUAAUAAAUAUAAUAAUAAUAAUAAUAAAUUAUAAGACAG